AUGAAGCUCAAUCUCCUCCCCACCAUAACCACCCUCCUCUUCGUUCCCACAGCAUAUACAUCCUCCCUUGAUAUUCUCCGCUUCAAAAACUGGGACCUCCGCCUCUUCAAACCAGGCUGCGACCCCAACACCACCAGCUUCGACCUCUCCAUCUUCCACCGACAAGGCGUCUCAGGCACAGAUGGAUGCGAGACUCUCGACGACGCCAGCGUGAAUGUAUCCGCGGUGGACACCUUUUCAUGGAAGAGUCCCGGCGCAACGACAUAUGAUCUAUGUCUGUAUGAUGUAUGCGGGAGCGGAAAUGGAAGCGGGAGGGUAGAGGUCAUUCGCGAUGGAUGGGAAGUGUGUGUCAAGUAUUGGGGGUGGAAGGGGUGGGGGGUUGUUGAGCAUGGGGGGGAUUGUUAA